AUGUCUGCUUACCAUCGCCCUGCUGCAAAUAUAGCGCGGACUAUUCUAUCAAGUCCUUGUUGCCGGUUGGUUUCUCGAGCCACGUCAUCAUCCAUCAUUCGAGAAGAGAAUCAAAACCCGAAUUAUGAUCCUAGGAAAUAUUAUCCUGCUUAUAUCGGAGAGACCAUAUCCAGGCGAUACCGUAUCCUCUCAAAGCUCGGCUGGGGAGCAAAUUCUACUGUUUGGCUAGCAAAAGACAUCGGUCGGUCAUCAAACCGAUAUGUGACUUUAAAAAUCACGAACUGUGGCAAAGAAGAACAAAGGUCUGCGAGUGAAGAAGUAGAAAUGUCGCGAUAUAUGUCUCAGCUGCAGUCGAAUCAUGAAGGUCGGGCAUAUGUUCGGCUUGUGCGUGAGUCUUUUUGCAACCAAGGCGCGCAGGGAGAGCACUUAUGCUUGGUAUUUGAACCGUUACGGGAACCGCUCUGGCUUCUGGGGAAACACCUUGGAAGCAACGGUGUGCCUCCCGCCGUCCUGAAGCCAUUUUUGAGACUAUUGCUCCAGGGUCUUGAUUUUCUCCAUUCUGAGUGCCAGAUUAUACAUACAGAUCUCAAGGCAGAUAACUUUCUCUUGGGAUUCGAAGACUCUAGUGUUCUUGAGAGCUAUGCUCGCCAACAAGAAAGCAAUCCUGCUCCGUUUUGGGACGGUGAUGGCCAUCCAGUAUUUCAGUCUUGUCCAGAUUUCGGGCAUCUGAGGAAAGGAGUGGGACUGGUUCAGAUCAGCGACUUCAGUGCUGCUGUUUUUGGCAACGUUCCUGAGCCUCAUAACCAUGAUAUUCAACCUCAGCCCUUUUGCGCGCCAGAGGCCCUAUUAAAGGCGACAUGGACAUAUAGUGCAGAUAUAUGGAACUUGGGCACCAUGUUAUGGGAGCUUCUUGCAGACCAUGUUCUUUUUGAUGGGCUGGACCCCGGCAGCAGCACGUAUUCGCGAGGGAAACACCUAGCCCAAAUGAUACGGCUGCUUGGUCCACCUCCACUGCAGUUACUGGAAAGAGCGGAUCAAGGCAUUUGCUCCGAACUCUUUUCCAGCCAUGGUAUGUCUGCCUCUUCUAUAUAUUAG